GAACUUCCCACUUCUUCCCAACUUCAAGAAGCAGUUAAUGGCACUUGGCGGAAGUGUGAGCUGAGAGUCAGACACCCCAGAAGAUCGUGCGCUGUUACAACACAAACCUCUCCGUGGAAGCGAUUCAUCUUUGCGCGCUUUUAUUUUUACGCACGGCUGCGCACGAAUUGCGAUCACCGCUGUUUUUUUCUUUCUUUUAUCUAAUCAUUAUUUGCAGCGGGAGCGCGCUCUCGGGCCUGCACAGCCUCGCCGUUGACUCGAGCCCGACUCUGUGCACGCGAUGCUCGCCAGCCCGGUAACCUCGACGCCUUUUUCGGUUAAGGAUAUUUUAAAACUGGAACAACAGCAUGUGUUCAACCAGCAGGGCUUUUCUGUGAGCCAGGAGGCGCAGUCUUUGCAGUUUCAGUGCAUGCACAGUGCGCUCAGCCGGAGCCUGGAGCUGCUCUACAGCCCGGACAAACCCGCCUUCAGUCCCGGGGAGCAGAUCAAAUGCGCCCUCGGCCAUGACGACUUCGGCUCUUGCGGCUCUCCGACAGAAGAGGAGAGAGAUCAUCAAAGCUCGAACUCAGGUGUAUGUGAAUUAGAGGAGUCGAGCUGCGUGGACGGAAAACCGGAAGCGUCUGGUGCAGAAGACAACAGACCGAAGCCACGCUCUCGCCGGAAACCGCGCGUGCUCUUCUCGCAGACUCAGGUGUUCGAGCUCGAGCGGCGUUUCAAGCAGCAGCGCUACCUGUCCGCGCCGGAGCGCGAGCAGCUCGCCGCCGUGCUCAAGCUCACCUCCACGCAGGUCAAGAUCUGGUUCCAGAACAGGAGGUACAAGUGCAAGAGGCAGCGGCAGGAUAAGAGCUUGGAGCUGGCCGGGGGUCACCCUCUGCCCCCGCGCAGGGUCGCCGUCCCGGUGCUCGUGCGUGAUGGGAAGCCCUGCCUCGGCGGAAGCCACGCGGCGCCCUAUAACGUCGCGGUGGGCACGUACCCGUACAACAGCUACUACAACAGUUAUGGAAAUAAUCCAUACGCCUGUAACAUCAGCUCGAUGCCAUCGUUCAGCAACAGCACGCAAAUUCCUAAUCACAUAAUGGACAUGAAUCUCAGCAUGGCAGGUGCUGAUGGAGCUCUUGGACAGCAAGGACCGUUUCAGACCGCGUUAACCGGAAUCCGAGCGUGGUGAAGACACUGUGGACAUAAAGACUCGGAACCUGGUACUCACAAUGGCAUGUGAUAAGACUGAGAUGAGAGAGUGAGCCCCAUAAAAUUGCAUGGUACAGAUCACUACGGUUAUGGAUCACACUGACAAGCCGUGCAAAAAAAAGCAAAAAUGUCCCAGUGUUUUCCAAAAGGAAAUGCAUGCAUCAUAAAAUUGUGUGCGAAGACUGUAAUAUGAUUUAAUUAUGAUUUUUUUUUUUAACACUUUGGCGGUUUCGGUGAUUUUAUGUGCAAAUGUUUUGUGUAUAAACAUUUUUUUAUAAUAAUAAAAUAUACU